ACCGAUACUUAGGUUAUCGGUCCGGUCCGGUCCACAGUGGCUUACCAACGGUUCGUCCGGCAGGUUGGUAACGCGUCGAUCGAAUGGAAAUAUCCGUGUCCUACCGGAACCUGACCGUGCUCGUGAUUCUACUGCUAGUGCUGCCCACCGCAUACCGAAAGGGUCGUUCCGUGGUGGUGACGGCCACCGUCGCACCCGUAGACCCGACCGAUUGCGAUCUGCUCGGUUGCGGUGGCAGCUACGCGUGUUACGGCAAUGGGUGGGCCAACUAUUUGCCCCACCGACCGGGCGAACGGUACAACAUCCCGCUGAAUGCGUUCCACAUCGGGUCAAGCCUGCAGGCGGGCCAGCCUGAAUGUUUGCUCGGCAAUGCGAACAACUAUCUGCCGUGGGUGACGGAGGAUGGACGGCUUACCGUGCGCCAGGGACGGCAUGCGCUCGACCUGUCCAAUCUGCGGCUCAACGAUCGUGGCCUAACGAGUUUGGUGCAAGGUGUCAGUGCACUGGUUCCACUUGAAGAAGUACAGCAUCUAUCGAUGGCAAACAAUGAGCUUACGCUUGUCCCAUCACCUUCGCUGAAGAAAUUCCCGAACGUGCGUCUUCUCUCGCUGAGCGGUAAUUUUUUUACCAUGUUCAAUGAAGAAUUGACUGCCCACAACCGGUUGCCAAUGCUGACCCGUCUGCGGGUGCUCGAUAUGCGCAACUGUAGCUUGCGAACGCUGCCGGAAGAAUUUUUCAAAAAUGUUAACCUCCAAUAUUUGUUCCUAUCGUACAAUUACAUUACCACGCUACCGGUGGAGAUUUUCUACCCGCUGCGAAGUUUGCUUCACCUGGACCUGUCCAAUAUGGACACGCGCCGUACCGGUGAGGAACGGAUCGAGAAUCCAUUCAUGAAGCUGAUCGCCGGUGUGGAUCUACAUCAGGACAUGUUUUUCCCACUCAUCAGUCUGGUGUUUCUCGAUCUGUCCAAUACCCGGCUCGAGUAUCAAGCGUUCAUUGCGUUACGCUCGAUCCAGCGGCGGGUGAAGUACGUAAGCUACUGUAACAUCGGUCUGCCGGCGAUCGUCGACUAUCUGUUUCUUGCGAAAUCGAUCGAAAUGCUUGACAUUUCGUUCAACGUCGGUGUAGCGCAAUCGUUGCAUUCCGCCAGCUUCACGCUGCUCGCCAACAGCUUGGAGGUGCUGUACUUCAAAGACUCGAUGGUACAGCAGCUGAACUGGUUGGGUCCGUUGCAGAAGCUGCGCGUGUUAAAUCUGCGCGGCAAUAUACUCCGUAUGCUGCAUCGGGAAAGCUUCGCCAACUUAAGUAAUCUGGAGCAGCUGGAUCUAAGCUACAACUACAUAUCGGCCUGGAACCAGCAGAUACUUACCGCGACCGAUGCGCUGCAGAGUGUAAACCUGCGCAACAACAGUAUCGUCAUACUGACCACCGAUAUGCUGUACGAUUUCUCACGCCUCUCGGCUAUGGGACUGGGCGGCAAUACGAUACAGUGCUCGUGCAACUACGUCAAGUUCUUGCGCAACAUUGUCCACAACCGGACGGAUGUACCGGGUGCGUACACCAUUUCGGCGGAACCACUGAUCGUGGGUAAGCAUGGCGCUGCUGCCGGCGUUGCCAUCACCAAGCUGUCGCUUCAACACGUCCAGCUGUUCGAUUACGACGAGUCGGAGUAUUUGUGUAUGAACUUUACCAGCAAUCAGAAGCUUGAUCCGUUGGAACUGCAAGACUGCAUGAUUUCGGACGAUGAGCUGAUCAAUGCGGAUCUGCCGGAAGUGAAUGAGCGAGAGCAAGAGCAUGCCAAGAAUCAUACGCUGGUGUACAUACUCGUUAGUGUGGCGAUCAGUUUUCUGAUCGUCUGUGCUGUGGGGCUGUUCUACUACUGGUUCCAUAUUAAGUACUUCUUCAAGAUCAUCAAAAACUCGGCCGUACUUAGUUUCUUCAACGACGACAAGCUGUAUCUGGACAAGAGUGGACUGCUGAAGGAGGCCGACUUUCAUUACGAUGUGUUCGUUAGCUACAGCAAUGCGGAUCGGACGUGGGUAUUGGAUCAGCUGCUGCCCAAUAUGGAAGGUGUUAGUCAGAUAAAUUUAUGUUUGCACGAGCGUGAUUUUGAGGUUGGAUAUGGCAUUUUGGAGAAUAUUAUAUCGUGCAUGGAUCGGUCACGCUGUCUAAUGCUGAUAGUGUCCGAAAGCUUCCUGCUUAGCCACUGGUGUCAGUUUGAAAUGCAUUUAGCUCAGCAUCGGUUGCUUGAAACGCGUAGAGAUGAACUGAUUUUGGUACUUUUGGAAGAUCUUCCUAAGCGCAAGUGUCCGAAAACGCUCAGCUAUCUGUUAAAAACGAAAACCUACAUCAAAUGGCCUACGAAGUCGGUGGACGAGCAGUUGCUGUUUUGGAAGCGUUUGCAUAAAGCUUUGUUGGCGGCAAAAGGAUAGCAUACCGUCAGGCGUUGGCAAAAGAAUUCACCACUGCUUUUUUUCACCACUGUUUCAGUAUCAGCGCAGCAGAAUCAUUUACGUGCCUGGCUUGUCGAAGCGAUGAUCGUACCUUAAACCGUUAAAUAUAAUUCACACACUACUCAUGAUUGACAUGUUUUGUAUGUAAUAGGAAUUACAUUUUUUGUAAUUUAAUUGCUUACCUUCAUUAUGAAAGGAAUAUUUCCUUUAGCUUAAUAAAUAGUGCAACUAUGAUUAAAUUGUACAAA